AUGCACGUAGAGAUGCAUCCAUAUCCAAUCUGCUCCGUCUGCCAUUCAUCCUUUGUCGAGCAGCUCGAUCCUGCCUCCCACGAUGACCCUCGUACCUUUGUUCACGAAGACGUAAUGCCCGAUGACGAGCACCCACAAGGAAUGCCGGCUCUACUCAAUCUGCUCUUUUCACAGAUGGCUCUCGCACCCCAGGACUCAACCAGAAGUGCCAGAUCCCCGGCAGCAAGUCCGCGGAAUACAACGAAUAGAGAAUGGCAGUUCAGUGUUGGUCCCGGUACGAUGAGGAUUAGCACAGGGUCAAGUCGGUUGGGAGCUGGGGGGCCAGGAGAUCUCCUAUUUCCUCUUCCGCCUUCCUCCCCUUAUCGGCCUCGCUCACCUUCAUCCAAUAACCCACGUACAGCGUCGCCUACCGCUAUUUCGGACACAUUCCAGCAAUACAUUCUCGCCCUGCUUAAUGGACAUGACUCUCAAUGGGGAGGGCUGCCUGGGCGGGCUGGCGAUUAUGUGUUCACACAAGAGGCACUUGACGCUUUGAUGACUCAGUUGAUGGAGGGAAGCCAACAUACGGCCCGACCUGCAAGUCAAGAGACGAGGGAUGCAUUGCCCCGACACGUCGUGACCACCUCCAGCGAUCUUCUCAAUCGUGACUGUGCAGUGUGUAAGGAUGACUUCGAAGUCGGGCAAAAGACAGUUGCGCUUCCUUGUACACAUUCUUUCCAUGACGAAUGCAUCCUACCCUGGCUCGAACUGAACGGGACGUGCCCAGUUUGUCGAACAUCUGCUGGUGGUGACACUCAGCGCCCUGCGCCUCCACCAGCCCCGCGUAGCAGUGCAACAAACGGUAGUGGGUCUCAGUCCCCUCAUUCACCCCGCUCACCGCGUUCCCCUCGCUCUACCCGGCAGAAUUCGAACCCGAAUGUGCCAGGAGGCUUAGACGGUCACUUUUGGGAGUCAUUAGAUUGA